AUGUCAGGCUCUCCAGACGCCAAGGACAGCGACCCUGAGCGCCUCUCGAACGAGGAUGGCCACAAGAACACGGUCGGCGCGGGCGUCGUCCACCAGGAGUCGGCCGCACGCAGGGGCCUCCAGAUGCCAGCCAUCCUCGCCGCCAUGACCCCCGAGCAGCGCGCAGACCUCGAGGUGCGUCUCCGCCGGAGGAUCGACUUGCGCCUCAUGCCCAUGAUCAUCCUUAUGUACAUCCUCAACUACAUCGACAGAAACAACAUCGCAGCUGCAAAGCUAGCGGGUCUUCCACAGGAUCUACACCUCAGCCCAACCUCGAGCGAGUUCCAGACGGCCGUCAGCAUUCUAUUCGUUGGUUAUCUUCUCAUGCAAAUCCCGUCAAACUUGUUCUUGAACAAGAUCGGUAAACCGGCUAUUUACCUGCCUGUCUGCAUGAUCAUCUGGGGCAUGAUCUCUGCGGCGACUGCGGGUGUCAAGAACUUUGGCGGCCUCAUCGCCAUCAGAUUCUUCCUGGGUUUCGUCGAAGCAGCCUACUUUCCGGGAUGUCUAUACUACCUAAGCUGCUGGUACACCAGAAAAGAGCUUGGUCUUCGCACAGCAUUCCUCUACUCUGGCGCCCUCAUCUCCGGCGCCUUCUCAGGCCUAAUCUCCGCCGGCAUCACAGGCAACAUGAACGGCACUCUAGGUUAUAGCGCAUGGCACUGGCUCUUCAUCAUCGAGGGCGUCGUGACCAUUGUCAUCGCCUUUGCCGCAUUCUUCAUUCUGCCCAACUUCCCGCGCACCACCUCCUGGCUAAGCGAGGAGGAAAAGGCCCUGGCCAUCUGGCGUCUCGAGGAGGACAUUGGCGAGGACGACUGGGUCGGCACCAAGGAGCAGACCUUCUGGGACGGCGCCAAGCUCGCCUUCACCGACGUCAAGACCUACGUGCUCAUGGUCCUGCUCUUCUGCAUCGUCGCCUCGGGGACCGUCACCAACUUCUUCCCCGCCGUCGUCGAGACCCUCGGCUACAACAACGUCACCUCCCUCCUCCUCACCUCACCCCCCUACGUCGUCGCCGUCAUCACCACGUUCCUCAACGCGUGGCACGCCGACAAGACGGGCGAGCGCUACUGGCACAUCACGCUACCCCUGUACGUCGCCGUCGCCGCGUACAUUCUUGCUGCGACGACUACGGGCCUUGGUCCGCGGUACGCCGCGAUGGUGCUCAUGGUCCCCGGAGUGUACACUGGCUACGUCGUCGCCCUCGCCUGGAUCAGCAACACCCUGCCCCGCCCACCGGCGAAGCGUGCCGCGGCCCUGGCCUUCAUCAACGCAAUCUCCAACACGUCCAGCAUUUAUGCAAGUUAUAUGUACGGCGACUGGAUGAAACCUCGCUACGUCAUCGCCAUGUCCGUCAACUGCGCCACGGCCGUCAUCGCCAUCAUUGCUGCCACUGUUCUGCGUUUCAUGCUCGCGAGGCUCAAUAAGAAACUCGACCAGGGCAUCUUUGUCGAAGGCGCAAUCAACACGCUACCUGGCGAGGCUGCAAUUCACGGGUUCCGAUUCAAGCUGUAG